AUGAAGGCUGCGUACCGUGGCGACGACGUGGCAGUGCAGAGGAUCCUGGCCACCAUGCCGCGCAGGCUCGUGUUUGCCACAGACGAACAAGGGUGGACGGCCCUCAACUAUGCGCUGCAAGGGCGCCAGAGCAGCCUGACCGCAGACGUGGCGUCGCCGCCUGGAGACCACGAGGCUGUCGUGGCUCGGCUCGUCUCAGCUGGCAUGGCUUCCGACAGCGCCUGCCCCAUCUACUACGCCGUCGCGCUGCGCAACAUAGCCGCGCUUCGCCUCCUCGUGGACGCCCAAAGCCCCGAGGACCUGGUCACUUGCUUGCAGCAGCGCGAUCACAACAACGACACGGCCCUGCACCUCCUGGCCCUGUCCAAGGCCUCUGGCUUCGCCCGCCUCUUCCGCAACGGUGUGGACCCGGCCACCGCCAAGGCCUUUCGCCUUCUUGACAUCGCGCCGCCCACGCUACACAAACACGAGCACCAGCCACUCCAACAUGACACGUUCGUCACACGGCACAUGCUGGAGGAGGCCACAUCGGCGUCGGACAUCCGGUUGCUGGCUCCUCUGCACAGCCACGGUCUCGGCUGCGACGAGCGCGACUCCCUCGGGCGAACGCCGCUGCACAUUGCCGCCUUUUCGGGCCGCUCCCCUGCCGCCACAUCUGCCCUCCUUGAUGUGCUUGGCUGCGAUGUUGCCGCGGUGGACAACGACGGCAACACGCCCCUGCACCUCGCUGUCGCUCAGGGGUUCUGUGACACCACCAACGCUUUGCUGCUUGCACCGCACGGCUUUGCGCUCAAUAACUCAGCAAACGCGCGUCGCGUCACACCGGCCUACCUUGCGAGCAGACCCCCCUUCUCCACAGUUUGUGGCAAUCGCUGGCGCGAUGACAGGCAUGCAGCGGCUGCAGGCGAUGGUGAUGGAGAUGCGGCUGCCAGGUCGCGCGAGCCAUCGCCGUGGACAUGUGCACAUGUGGAUGCAAGCGACAUCAACGACACGGCCUCGUUUCUCGCCGAGUACGUGCAUUUGGCCCAGCCUGUGGUGAUCCGCAACUACCUCUCGCACUGGCCCGCACACGCCGCCGCCAUCAGGCUCGCUUCCCUCGCUGCGUCCUCCUCCCCAUCAUCACCAUCACUUGGAGAUGCAAUGGUGUCUGUUGCGGCAGUUCCGUAUGCAAGCACGUACGGGCACAGCACUACACAUACCAUGCCGCUUCGCACAUUCGUGCAGCAGCACAUGGGCUACAGCAAUAACCACCACCAGCACCACCAGCAACAAGCUCAAGACUGCCGCACAACAGACACGUGCAUGUAUGUGUUUGACGGCAGCGUGCUUCACCGCCACCCAGAGAUGCUGCACAGCAUUGGCCUGCCCUUUGUGGUGAGCAGCACGGAGCAGCUUGUGCUGGCGCAGCUGAUGGUUGGCCCCACGGGCAGUGGCGCACCACCGCACUUCCACGGGCAGGCCAUCAACGUGCUCGUGCAAGGCAGGAAGCAGUGGCAGCUGUUUCCACCACAGCACGCCUUCUUCCACAUGGUGACUGCACACGCGUGGUUUGCGCGCGACACAGCGACAACCUGCUUCGACAGUGAUGGUGGUGGUGGUGGUGGUGGCGGGGGUUGCAGGCAAGUUAUGAUGACGUGCGAGCAAAAGGAAGGGGACGCGCUGUUUGUGCCGGCGUCCUGGGGCCAUGCUGUGCUGAACGAGGCGCCUGUGGUGGCUGCCGCGUUUGAGUUCCGGGGCUGA